AUGUCCAUGUGGAUAUUCAUACACCCUCCCACACCUGAACCCACCUUAAAGUGGAUAGGAUUUAUAUGCCACCUUACUCAACUAGACAAAAAAAAUGAUCCAUUCAUUCUCUAUAAAAUUUCACUCACUCGCUUCACUGGAACUCCCUUGCACAUCUCAGCUUUGCUUGGUCAUGUUGAGUUCACCAAGGCUAUUGUGAGCCAAAAGCCUCAACUUGGCGCAGAGUUGGACACUUUCGAACUCUCACCUCUUCACCCGGCUGUCGCUGAGGGCCACAGCGAAAUUGUCAAAGAGCUGUUACUAGCAAAUAAGGAUUCGAGUAUGUUUACUGACCAAGAGGGGAGAAAUCCUCUCCAUUUGGCUGCAAUAAGAGGGAGAGUUGAGGUGAUAAAAGAGCUUAUAAGUGCAAAACCUGAGUCAAUUUUUGAGCCAAUCCGUGGAGAAACAGCUUUACAUUUGUGUGUUAAGCACAAUCAUUUGGGUGCACUCAAAGUAUUGGUGACAUCAGUUGAUGAUGAGGAAUUUCUCAACUUCAAAAACCUUGAAGGAAACUCUAUCUUGCAAGUAUCUACUAUGUUGCAGCAGUAUGAGACCACUAGCUACUUGCUUUCCGUGCCAAAACAUGAGAGUGGAUUUGAACUCCUUGAUCAAAAAUGGCUUUCCAGCCUUUGA